GUCAGCUUCUUCUUAUCGUUUUAGCUCCACGUGCGGCGUAUUUUGUACUGUUACUUAUUUUAUUCCGAUUUUACUCAAUUUACUCGUCUUAAAAUGCCGCCCGUCAAGAAACCCAAGGCGGUGAAGAUCGAGAAGCAGGCCACGCCCAAGAAGACCAUAGAUAAGAGCAAGGAUGUGGUCUCCGGACAGCUGAAGAAAAAGGUGGCCAAGGCCAAGCCGCAGAAGGAAAAGGGACCGGAACGCGGCGUGAUCAUUGUGAAGCACCUGCCCCACGGAUUCUUCGAGCAGCAGCUGCGCCAGUACUUCCGCCAGUUCGGCCGGGUGCUCCGCAUCCGCUUGGCCCGCUCCCUGCGCACAGGAAACAGCAAGGGCUACGCCUUCGUGGAGUUCGAGUACCCGGAGGUGGCCAAGGUGGCCGCCGACACCAUGGACAACUACCUGAUGUUCCAGAAGGUGGUAAAGGCCUCCUACAUUCCGCCAGAGAAGCAGACAUUUAACUUCUUUAGAACCUCUUUAAAGAAGGUGGUUAAUAAGGCCGGCAAGGAAAUCUACGUCUCGGAUGUAACCAAAGCCACCCAGCGCAGCGUUAAGAAGCAAAACACCUGGGAUGAGUCCGCCUGCCAGCAGCGCACAGUGGCCAAUCUCAAGAAGAUCAAGAAGCUGCAGGAGAAGUACAAGGACCUGGGCAUUGAUUUCUCCAACCUGCUGGUGGAGCCAGUAGCAAAGACCAAGAAGACUGCAGAGGCAACUGAAACUGCCGAGGCUUCGACCAGCAAGGCAGCUGCUAAGUCAGCCGCCAAGAAACAGAAACAGACUGCCAAGAAGCAGCCAACGCUGGAGGAUCUGCUGGGCACGACCAUUAAUGAGGAUUCCGACGAUGAGGACUACGUAGAUGCUUCCGAUGAUGAGUCUGAGGAGGAACUUAAGGAAGAGGAGGAGGAGCAAUCCAGCGAGGAUAGCGAUGAAGAGGAGGAGGACCUGCCGCCACCGCCCAAGAAGAAGAACAAGGCCAGCCUCUCAGAUAAACUGAAGCGCAAGCCUGGAACUGGCGGUGUGCAGAAGAAGAAGCUGGCUCCGGCCGCCAAGGCACCGAAGAAUGCCGCCACCCAGAAGCUGCAGCUGGCCGCAGCCAAGUCGCUGGCAAAACCGCUGCCCAAGGGAAAGGCCAAAAAGUCCAAGAAGUAGCUUAGAAUACCUUUUACUGUAGUUGUUAAGUAAGCGAAAACAUUUUGUAAGAUGAAUUGUGUUAAAAUAUGUCUUUGUACAAACUAAAA